UUCAUCUUUAAUCACCUUGCAAGGUAAUCUUAUAUUACAGUAAUCUGAUCAUUUGUAUCUUUGUAAAAUAUCCCUUUACAAUUUGACAGCCGUGUAAAUUCACACUUGCCUAAAUGUUGUUACUCUGAGCAUUUUUGAGAGGAUGUAUAUUACUGAUGUUCUCCAUCACAAAAAAUGGACUGGCAUGCUGUUUCAAAGUGUGAAGAUUUAGGUGUUAGUCAUCAGUCGCCCUCAGAAAUGCCUACAACAGCAAACACCCUCACAAGCCCACUAUUUUAAAGCAAUUUCUUUUGUCUUUAUUAGGGGAAUUGCAAACAAUCUCUUGUAUCAGCUCUUGAAAAGCACUAAAUGCUUUUGAGGCUUAUUGUUGACGGCCACUAGAUUGUCUUUGUGUUAAUUGAUCCGCUAGCAGACACCACUCUUGCCCUCCCUCCUCUGAGUCGCUCCAUCUCCCUUUAUAAUCCUGCCAUCCGCUGUUUUCCUUUCAGGAUGAGAGUGGCUUUGCUCAACAGUGUUUCUAAAGAUGGACGAGACUAGCACACUUGAAACACCUGUAAGGGGUAUUGGGCGGCCCAAUAAGCGAUCGGCAUUCUGACGGAAACCAACCAACCCGUGAAGGUUUUGUUGCGGUGAACAUUGCUUUUGUCUUUGCCUAAGUGGCCUGAAGCACAGCAGUCUUUUUUUGUGUGUUUGUCUGCUCUCGAUACGGCACGAGCAUCUAAUCUACAGAGCUUGAAAGAGGACAGCGUAUUUACUUUUGGCAUCUCUCGGCACAGUUGUCACAUCUGAAGAACCUUUCUUUUUACUUCACACGAAACUGUGUAAUAAUUUACGAAGGCCUUUGCCAUCGUUCAGACUCUAGUCUAGGUUCUGUUUGACGUUUGUUGGGUGCUUGGAAGUAAUGCAUCUUUGACAGCCACUGCAUCCACGUCACAGUAUCAAAUUCAAUCGGUGUGACCUGUUUGGGUAAGGCAACACCGGACUGGGUAGCAACAGAGACACAUGUCCCUGUGAUAAGAGUAGAUCUUUCUUUACCGAGAAGACAACAAGUCCACCACACUUUGCAGUGGUGCGAGACCAACUUCUACCGUCUGGACGUAGCCUGUGAUGGUGGGUUUCUCACUGAAGUUCAGUCAGCCUCAUGUGGGUGAGUUGAGACGAGUGGCAGCAGUUCAAUUAUUCAUCUCUUCAAAGGAAGACCAGGCGAAAGUGAACACAGCUGUCUGAGAAACCAAAAGACGGACUAGAACGUGGCUAAACAAAACUUGCUUCCAAGAAUUUCGAAAGACAAAUCUGAAGCGGUCUGGUAAGGCUCUUUUUAAGGAGGACUGACCGAGACUUCUUGCGGAGGAUUGGGACCAAAUAAAGCACUAGAAUGUGCCUGAACUUUGCUCUGUGAAUUUAAAAACACUACGUGAGGUCCAGCAAGGAACUUUAACGGUGGACACAAGGACUGACAAACGAAACGAGACAAGAAGACGGACUAAAAUGAAUCUGAACAAAACUUUGCUUCAAGAAAUUUGAAAGACAAAACCCUAGCAAGUAACUCGGAUUGAAAAGAGACUUCUUUCUGAGGAUUGGCAAACUUGCCGACCUCUUUGGGCAAGGAGGGCUGAAACUAUUAUCUAUAGUCGGAGCUCCUGCAAGCGGAAAAGUGUCGUCGAGGUUGUGGCCCGAGGAGGCGUGGUACUCAGAGGGUGGCGAGAUGGUGAACACAGGUAUGCAGUUGAUCAGCUUCACCUGUGCUGUGACAGGAUGGGUGAUGGCUAUAGCAGUGACUGCACUGCCCCAGUGGAAGGUCACGGCCUUCAUAGGCAGCAACAUCUUGACCUCUGAAAUCGUUUGGCAGGGGAUUUGGAUGAACUGCAUCUACCAGACCACCGGCCACAUGCAGUGUAAGACCUACGACUCCAUGCUGGCUCUACCGCCUGACAUCCAGGCGGCACGGGCGCUGAUGUGCAUUGCUAUCUUCUUGGGCUGGUUGUCCUGCACCGUCUCUUGCUGUGGAAUGAAGUGCACCACCUGUGCCGGGGACGAUCGCCAUGCCAAGGCUGGCAUAGCGCUGUCCGGUGGGGUGCUCUUCAUCCUGACGGGCCUGUGCGUCCUAGUGCCAGUUUCCUGGACAGCAAACACUGUGGUGCAGGACUUCUACAACCCCAAUGUUCCCCUCCAGCACAAGCGGGAGCUGGGUCAGGCCAUUUACCUGGGAUGGGCGGCAGCUGUGAUUCUUAUGAUCAGCGGGGCCGUGCUGAGUAGUACCUGCCCGCACAUCGAGAGAGGAGGGUACAGACGUGGGUACAUAGGUCGCAGUUUUGCAAACUCAAGGCCUUCUGCUCCUGAUCCGCCAAAGCCAAUCACCACCAGUACCCUGCCUCUAAAGGAGUAUGUAUGAUAAAGAAAAAAAAAUCGGAGCAAAUGCGGGAAGGUGUGGCUAAACGAGGAUAAUGAUUAAAGGUGCACUCAGUGAUUUCUGUUUCAACGGACGGAUGCAUUUUGUGUCAUUGUGGUGAUAUACAUAUUUGCCAUUUGAAAUCCCAUUUAUCUGUUUUUUUUUUUUUCUUUCAUUGCCUAUACAUCGGACAUAUCUUGGUGCUGUUCACCAUAUCCUCCAUUUUAUUGACUGUAAUAUACAUAAUGUAUUUGUUACAUUGUUUUGCUUUUGUUUAGAUAUGUUUGUUUGUAAGUGUCAUUUCUGCACCACUAGUAGCAUUAUUUUAUUUUUUUUCAGUGGAACAUUGGCACAACCAAUGCUGUGAGUUUGGAGUGGAACAAUUCGUUUGUUACACUGUUUGGUGACACAGGUGGAGCAGAAAUGACACAUUUCAACUUUUAAAGUACUUUUUGCACUGCUAGCAAAAAUGGAGAAAAUGAGGGGGAAAAAAAAAUUGGCACUGAAAAACAGAUUCACUCCAAACACUGUGGCACACUUCAGCAUUAACUGAACUGUAAAACACAGCUGGCCAUGUGAUCUCCGUUUGUGUGAGCGUACAUUAUUUUCAAUUGUCAUAAGUAUUAUUAUUUCUUCAGGGGUAAUGGUUUUAAUGUGGGAAAAAAUUACUGAGUGCACCUUUAAUUAAAGACAGUCUAGUAUCUAGAAUUUGAAAUCAAGUGUUUGAGUAGUAAUAUUUGUAGUAGUAUUGCAGUGGGUCUACGGUUUUCAGAAAUAUUUCAUUUCCCUUGCUGCUUGUCACUCUAUUAGUGUAUUUUCUCAUAUGAAGGCAUUUAAAUUAGUUUAGACCUUAUUUUGAUACGAUUUUAGUCCAAUAGUAGUGACCGUGGGCUAAAUGAUACCUUGGGCCCACUUUGCAGUGUCUUUUUUCCUUUUUACUUAUAUAUGGUAAUCUGAAAGACGGCACACCAACAGUACACCCACUUUCAGUAUGUUAGAUUGCUGUGUUCACUGUGUUUUCUCUGUAUUUAUCUAUUAAAAUUGUGUGAACUUGAACCACUUGAUUAAAAAUAAAAAUGUGUGAUGUGACAAUGGUGCAAUUGUUCUAUCAAAAUAAACAGGAAAAAAAACGAAUUAAAUAACCACAUUUAUUAAAAUAGAGCACUGCUCUUACAAUGAU